UAGAGGAAUAAAAACUCGAUUCAAUCAUAGAAUUGUUUGUUUUUUUUUUUAAAUAUUUAUAUUUAAUCGGGCUAAUAAAAUGUUGUUGAGGAAAGUAAAUAAUCUUAAAUGAAAAUGUUUUCAUAGAAUAUAAACAAACUGUUUUUUUUUCAUUGAUUCUCGAUAUCUAUAAAAAUGUUUGAAUUAUAUACAAGAUAAAAUGAAAUGAAAACAAUAUUGUUUAGUAAUGUCAUCAUUCUUCUAUCAAGUCAUGUCAAAAUAAUAAAAACAUUUGACAUUCUAUUUAAAUACAGUAAACAAGGCAAAACUAUCAAAAAUAACAUAAUCAAUCUAUAUAGAACAGACAUAACAGUAACAUUCUUUUAAACAAUGAAAAACAAUUGAAAUUACUAUGUAGAUUAAUAAAGAAUUUGACCUAUUAUUAUACGACGUUUCAAAACAUUUUGAAACUGAAUGAACUAAAAUAUAUAAAAUAAGUUCAUUUAGAAUUAAGACAAGACUCAUCAUUCAUAUAUAACGACAGCUUUCAAUCAAAACUGUGCCUUCGUAUUAAACAAAAUCGCUUUUCGUGAUUGGCCGAUUCUUUACUUAUGUAAAUUUUUUUAACACUCAUGAAAUUCAAUUUGCAGACAAAUAAAUCUAUUUUUAGUUCUUUUUGAAAGUCUAUAUUUCUAAAUUAAUAUUUUAAACAUGAAAAAAAGUACUUGUUGAUAGUAGAUAUGACAGACUCGAAUAACAUUAAUAUCAGAAAGGAUUUAUGAAUUUUAAAAUCCAAAAAUCAGUAAAUUCCCUGUUCAAAGUCUCGAUUAUAAUUUCAAACAAAACGUUUAUAUUUCAGACAUUUCCAUUACGUCCAUUGUCUGAACAUUCUCCAUGUGAUCAUAUUAUAGAUUGACCUCAAUUAAGUAUAACACAAGAUAAUACAACAGUUCGAUUAACUUGGAAUUUACCUUCAACACCAAUAGAAUAUAUAGAAAAUUAUAAAAUUUAUGCAUAUAAACAAAAUGGAAGUUUAACAAAAUCUGAUUGGAAAAAAAUUAGUAUAGUUAAAUAA